UUAACUCCGUCAGUAAUACAACGAUUGCCAUUGGCCAAGAACCAACGUGAGACUUUUGUUUUGAAGUUACCUGCUCUCCUUUCAAGAGCUGUUGACAGUCUUCUCCGUUUCUUUGCUUAUUGCAGUGUGUUUGAAGUUUGCUACCUUCGUUAUUUACGGUUGCUAAACUCACUACAAUCAUGGGAAAGGAGAAGAUUCACAUUUCCAUCGUCGUAGUUGGCCACGUAGAUUCUGGGAAGUCCACUACUACUGGGCACCUGAUCUACAAGUGUGGUGGCAUCGACAAAAGGACCAUAGAGAAGUUUGAGAAGGAAUCCAGCGAGAUGGGCAAAGGUUCCUUUAAGUAUGCUUGGGUCCUAGAUAAACUUAAGGCGGAAAGGGAACGAGGGAUAACUAUAGACAUCGCCCUCUGGAAGUUUGAAACUUCUAAGUUCUAUGUCACUAUCAUCGAUGCUCCAGGCCAUAGGGAUUUUAUAAAAAACAUGAUUACUGGAACAUCUCAAGCCGACUGUGCCGUGUUGAUUGUAGCUGCAGGAACUGGGGAGUUUGAGGCUGGGAUUUCCAAGAAUGGCCAGACAAGAGAGCACGUGCUGCUCUGCUUUACUUUGGGAGUCAGGCAGCUUAUUGUUGCUGUCAAUAAGAUGGACAGCACAGAACCCAAGUUUUCAGAGGCUCGUUUUGAAGAGAUUCACAAGGAAAUCACGGCCUAUGUCAAAAAAGUUGGUUAUGAUCCCAAAACUGUGCCCAUUGUCCCGAUCUCGGGUUUCAAUGGGGAUAAUAUGCUGGAGAGAUCUGGGAACAUGGUGUGGUGGAAGAAAAGGAAAAUAGAAAGGAAGGCAGGUGGCUAUGAAUACGAAACAUUGUUGGAUGCGUUAGAUAACAUAGAACCCCCCAGUAGACCUCUGGAUAAGCCUUUGAGACUUCCCCUUCAGGAUGUUUACAAAAUUGGAGGUAUUGGAACAGUUCCUGUAGGUAGAGUGGAAACUGGGAUACUGAAACCAGGAAUGGUGGUUAACUUUGCUCCAACUGGACUGACAACUGAAGUCAAAUCGGUUGAGAUGCACCAUGAGGCUUUAACUGAAGCUUCACCUGGAGACAACGUUGGUUUCAAUGUUAAGAAUGUUUCUGUGAAAGAUCUAAGGAGGGGUUUUGUGGCUUCAGACUCCAAAAACGACCCUGCUAAGGAGACCACCGAUUUCCUUGCUCAGGUCAUUGUACUGAACCAUCCAGGACAGAUUCAAGCAGGCUACUGUCCUGUGCUAGACUGCCAUACUGCCCACAUUGCUUGCAAGUUUGCAGAGUUGGUCACGAAGAUAGACAGACGAACAGGUAAGGAGCUGGAGAAUGAACCGAAAGCUGUGAAGUCUGGAGAUUCUUGCAUUGUUAAAAUGGUUCCAAGCAAGCCGAUGUGUGUAGAGACUUUCCAACAAUAUCCACCUCUUGGGAGGUUUGCUGUUAGGGACAUGAAGCAAACUGUAGCCGUUGGAGUCAUUAAAGGCGUAACCAAGAAGGAAGGUGGAGGAAAGACGACAAAAGCAGCUGAAAAGGCACUGAAGAAGAAAUAACAGAAGCCUGUAGCUGUUGCAUCUAGUAUACCGGCCUUCUUAUGGAGGUGAAAUAUGUUGAACUAUGAAAAUCUAAUUUGUGGUAUUUUCUGAAUGGUGGGCAUUAAAUUAAUUGAAGUUUUUAACUAAA